CAGAUGAGGAAGACCUGGAUGAGGCUCCAGAGCUGGAAGACUACGAGGACGGGGACGAUGCCGCCUGGGAAGACGAGGAAUCCGGAGUGCAGCAAGACGUUCGAUGCCUGUUCUGUGAGAGGAUCUUCCAUUCACCAGAAGAAACCUUCCACCACUGCCAGGAGCAGCAUCAGUUCAGCCUCCGCCAGUUUGUCUCCACACACGGUCUGGACUUCUACGGCUACAUAAAGUUCAUCAAUUAUGUCCGCUUUACGAACUGUACGGCCGACAGUCUACGAAGUAUCGGCAGCCCGAAGCCUUGGGAUCAGGACGACUUCUUCAAGCCGGUGAUUGAGGAUGACUUGCUGCUGCAGUACGAUAUGGAGGGACAUGGACUGUGAUGGCGGCGGGGCUCGGGUCACAAACUCCGAACCAUCAUCUGUACACCUCCGACUCCGGGAGGCAGAGGCACGGGCGCAGGCAGCCGAGGAGAGCUUAGCCAACGUUCUGGAAAGAGCUGCAGAAAAUGAGACAACUUGCGCAGGAUUUCGUGAUGAACGCAGAUGUCAGAUGUGCUUCGUCUUCCGCUGGGGCCAUCGCCGAUCUGGAUGAGAGCGAGGACUGCGCCUACUUCAGCUCCUACGGUCACUUCUCCAUACACGAGGAGAUGCUAAAGGACGCGGUGCGCACUGAGAGCUAUAGGAACUUCAUGUACCGGAAUGGGGACAUCUUCAAGGACAAGGUCGUCCUGGAUGUCGGAUGCGGCACGGGAAUCCUGUCGAUGUUCGCCGCGAGAGCCGGCGCCAAAAAAAGUGAUCGGGGUUGACCAAUCCGAAAUCAUCUACCAGACCAUGGAUAUUAUCCGGAUGAAUAAGUUGGAAGAUACGAUCUCGCUGAUUAAAGGCCGGAUUGAAGAAAUUGAUUUGCCGGUGGAGAAGGUGGAUGUAAUUAUUUCGGAAUGGAUGGGCUACUUCCUCCUGUUCGAGUCCAUGCUGGAUUCCGUCAUCCAUGCGAGAGACAAGUUCCUGGCGCCCGGCGGAGCAGUGUACCCGGACCGUUGUACCAUCAGCUUGGUGGCGUUGUGUGAUCUGGAGAGGCAUGCCGGGAAGUUGGCCUUCUGGGAUGACGUCUACGGAUUUAACAUGUCUUGUAUGAAGAAAGCCGUCCUACCGGAGACUGUAGUGGAGGUUGUGAACCCGGACACCGUCAUUUCCCAUCCAUUUAUUAUAAAGGAUAUCAACUGCCAGACGACAACUUUGAAAGAACUGGAUUUUUCCUCUGAUUUCUCGCUACCGAUAAUGAAGGACGGAGUGUGUACAGUAAGAGCCUCUUUU